UAUUUCUUCGGUUGACACAAUCACCCCCCAAAACUUUAUCCGACUAAUGGUUUAUGUGUAUUAGCCCAAAACCAAGUCUGGUGCUGCCCGUGCUGGUACCCACUACCCAGUGAUCUUCUUCGUCUACUCUGGUCUACGAUCCCACGACCAUUAACCACACUACUACAUUCUCAGCUCCUUGCUUGUUGCUACUCCCCCUUUUCUACCCCAAAUUCAACAAUCACACCAAUAACCUUAAACUGAAUCAAUUGCGAAUUGCAAUUCAGAUUGAUGAUUCCAAUUCAAUUUCCAUGGAAGAUGAAAUUAGCAAGAAACUGUGUAACAAUGGUGAUACUAUUGAUUCUGUUAAUGGCGGAGUUUCCAUCAAUGGAGUCAGCGCACAAAGCCUUCAAAAGGGACCCCGGAAGCCCUCAUUGGCAUCAUGGCGCUUUCCACGAUGUCAAAGAUAGUGUUCGAUCUGAUGUUCGUCGUAUGCUUCACUCUCGCGCUGAGGUUCCAUUCCAAGUCCCACUCGAAGUGAACAUAGUUCUUGUUGGGUUCAAUAGCGAUGGAGGCUAUAGGUACUCACUCGACUUGCACAAAUUGCAGGAGUUCUUAAAAAUAGGCUUUCCAACUCAUCGACCCUCCUGCUUGGAGACUGGAGAGCCCCUGGAUAUUGAACAUCAUCUUGUCUACAAUGUCUUACCUGCUGGAGAAGCAGAACUAGUAUCUCUCGAGAAGGUGUUAAAGGAGGCUAUGGUUCCUGCUGGAACCGCUAGAGAGACUGAAUUUGGAAAGGAAGUGCCUGCAUUUGAUGUGGAAGCAACAGCUGUGGAGCCUAUUUUUGAGCAGCUGUAUUCCUACAUAUUUGGUGUUGAGAGUGCGGGAUAUACUGCGCCAGAGAUUGACCGACCAGUGCCAACUGCGAUAUUUGUUCUAAAUUUUGACAAGGUCAGAAUGGAUCCUAGAAAUCAGGAUAUAAAUCUUGAUGAUUUAGUGUAUAGUAGAAUUACACAACUUACAGAAGAUGAUACGAAGAAGCAAGAAGGGGAUUACAUAUAUCGAUAUCGUUACAAUGGAGGAGGAGCAUCUCAGGUUUGGCUGAGCUCAAGCAGAUUCGCUGUUAUUGACUUGUCAGCAGGUCCUUGCACAUAUGGCAAGAUUGAAACUGAGGAAGGAAGCAUCAGUUCAAGAACACUCCCACGCAUACGUAACAUGUUUUCUAAAGAGUUAAGUGCUGCUGCUGUCCAUUCAAGCCAUGAUGUAUUUGUUGGUCAACUUGGAGCAGUAAUUACAACCACAGUUGAGCAUGUUCUAGCUCCAGAUGUUAGGUUUGAAUCUGUUGAUAUGACGAGAAGGUUGCUUAUACCAAUCAUUGUCCUACAGAAUCAUAACCGUUACAACAUCAUGACAAAAGGCCAUAAUUACAGUAUUGAUGUUGAAGCAAUUAAAGAAGAGGUCAAGAAAAUGGUCCAUCAAGACCAAGAAGUGGUGAUUGUUGGGGGUACAUAUCCAUUACAUCAGCAUGAGAAGUUGGCUGUUGCUGUCUCUAAAGCAAUGCGGGGCCAUUCAGUCCAUGAAACUAAAACUGAUGGACGUUUUCAUGUCCAAACAAAAACAUAUGUCGAUGGUGCUAUUCUCAAAGAGGAAAUGGAAAGGUCAGCUGAUGUUCUCGCCGGCGGUAUAUUAGAGGUGGCUGAUCCAUCUCUUUCAAACAAAUUUUUUCUUCGCCAGAGUUUCAUGGAUGAAUCAGCUGAUUCAAGUGAUUCCAUUUUAAAGCACAAACCUCUUUGGGCUACUUACAGCAGCAAGUUCAGCGCCCAAAAGAGAAAGAAAACUAUAAAGAAAGAGGGGAAUUUAUACAGGACCUAUGGGACUAGAGUCAUACCAAUUUUUGUGCUAUCAUUAGCUGAUGUUGAUCCUCACCUUAUGAUGGAAGAUGAAAGCUUGGUUUGGACAAGCAAGGACGUUGUCAUUGUACUUGAGCAUCAAAGUGCAAAUAUACCUUUAAGCUAUGUUUCUGAAACUGAAAGGAGGCAUGCUCUUCCAUCACAAGCACAACGUCAUAUAUUGGCAGGCCUUGCUUCAGCUGUUGGUGGGCUGAGUGCUCCUUUUGAAAGGGCUUCCCAUGUACACGAAAGGCCAGUGUUAAAUUGGCUUUGGGCAGUUGGUUGUCAUCCUUUUGGACCAUUUUCCAAUACGUCGAGAAUCAGUCAAAUGCUUCAUGAUGUUGCACAAAGGAACACAAUAUAUGCUCAUGUUGAUUCUGCACUCCGGAGGAUCAGGGAUACAUCACAGGCUGUUCAAGCUUUUGCUGGUGAUUACCUGAAGACUCCUCUUGGAGAACCAGUAAAGGGAAAAAAGAACAAGUCAACUACUGAACUUUGGGUGGAGAAAUUCUACAAAAAGACCACCCAUCUUCCAGAACCAUUUCCACAUGAAUUAGUUGAAAGACUGGAGAAAUAUUUGGACGUACUUGAGGAACAGCUUGUUGACUUGUCGUCCCUGCUGUAUGACCAUCGGUUACAGGAAGCACAUUUCAAUAGUACAGAAAUUCUGCAAUCAUCAAUGUUCACGCAGCAGUACGUUGAUAGUAUCCUGGCCAGCGAGCGCGAGAAGAUGAAAUGCUGCAAUAUUGAAUACAAAGCCCCUAUCCAGACAUCUCAAACAUUUAUAUAUGGGGGAAUUCUUAUUGUUGGGUUUCUUGUAUAUUUCCUUGUCAUUUUUUUCUCGAAUCCAGUUCGCUAAUCAUAGUUUAAUGUCACGUGCUGACUAAUCCCCCUAGUCUUAUGCACGCUAGCCUACUAACUUCCCUCCCUCGGAUGCUAGUCAAGGCUUAACCCCGAAAUGCUUCAAGCAAGAGUGUGCAACGAAAGUUAAGGAAUGUUGAGAACACGAGAGGAUAUAAAUAUUUUGAAUGCUUUGAUUGCUUGAGAGAGAGUGUUUACAAGUA